UUUUGAUUGGAUGUGAAAAUAUAAACAUCCAAAUAGAUCGAAAUUCAAAAUUUACUUUAUGCUUCGCUGUCAUUGCAAGAAGUUGUUGAUGAAUAAUCUCAAGUCAAAAAAUAACAGCCAGCAUGUUGUCAGUGAUGCGGUCACCGUCUUUGUCAAGAGGGAGUUACGAUGAUGUAUCUCAGCACCCCCUAGAAAGAUUACACCCAUUACGGGUAGAUGUUGAACUAAGGAGGAACACAUUUACAAACUGGCCGACGAAUAUGUUUGUGUCACCUGGAAAGUAGUGUGAUAAUGGCUUCUACUAUAUGGGAAUCACAGACAAGGUCCAGUGUGCUUUUUGUGGUGGAAUUUUAAGUGGCUGGACAAAAGACGAUGAUGUCCAUAGUGAACAUUCAAAACAUUUCGGACAAUGUGAACUUGUCCGUGUGAAGAACAAUAACUGUGUUAGAAGGUUUGAAUUUUCUAGCUCAGCCCAAACAUGUCAGAAGAAAGAAAAUAAAUCUCCAGAAAAAAGUGUAAAACCGCACAACAGUCAAUAUUCUUUAUAUUGUGACAGAUUGUCCACCUACCAAUCAUGGCCAAGAACAUUAAAACAGAAACCAAAUGAUUUAGCAGCUACUGGUCUUUACUACAAAGGAACUAGAGACACUUGUCAGUGUUAUAUGUGUGGAGGGAUACUUUCUGGAUGGGAAACUGAAGACAUUCCACAAGCUGAACACAAAAAGUGGUUUCCAAAAUGCCCACUUGCAUCCGGUUGAUCGUGUUACUGGUGUUACUAUAAUAACUCAGAAAAAUACACUUUAUUUCUUGCUUUUGUAUUUCUUUUGUAUAAGAAAGAUUUUCCUUUACACGCUUUCUGUCCUUACAAUUAUUGUUUUAGCAUUGAAAUCACACAUAUAGUAUUA